AUGUGUGACAGUCCCGGUUUGACAGUCGAUUGAUUCGAACAUAGACAACAACACAAUUCUGCAUCAAAACACUUUUGCGAUGACUAAUUUAAGAAUAUUUUAGUAAAUUACCUGCUAAACAAUGUGGUGGAUGUAUCUAAAUAUUCUGGAUCUGAUACCGCACCACAACAACCAAUUAUGGUCGUAUGACAGGAAUGGUUUCAACGGUCUGAUAAAUACGUUGUUUUGGUGCUCCUCGGUUACAUUCGUCAUAUUUUACUUUUUCUCAAAAUUUCUUGAGAGAUUCCUGCGAUCGCAAAAAGUGUCUGUGUACAAAUGUACGCCGACGAUUCGAUUCAUUUGGAACGGUGGCUUCUACAUUACAUGUACGACGUUCCUGCACUUCUAUCACAAAUAUUUCAUAGCGCCGCGCAUUCUUAAAGAAACGAAUAGCUUUUUCCCAAAGUACCGGAACGCAUUGUUUCUGCCGACCGAUCACUGUACCGUCUUCAAUUCGAUAUCCAUUAUUUUAGCCACAUUUUACAUUACGGCCGCCUUAUUCGAUGUAAGAGAAAGAGAUUUCACGGAAGCAGCCUCUAAAUGCCUGUUUGCGUGCGUUAUCAUGAGUUUGGACCACUAUGGAUACGAGAAUUUUUCGAUUAUCCUGAACACGCUCUUUGGAUUGUUUAACAUGUUUGCUGACUGCCUUACAACAGCAUCUCUAUACACAAAGGAGCAGAACAAAGCAUUUUAUCGGUUGUUCCUAUUUUUUCGUUUGAUUACUUGGUCAUAUCUGUUCCUCAAUGUCCUGCCUUUCAAGUACUUAAUACCAACGCUCUAUGCAAAGAAAUUCAAACUUUGGCUUAACAUAUUCCUUUGGUGCUGGUACGGAUUUUCAAUAUGGAAUUCGCCGAUUCUACGGUAUCUGAACCAUCAAAUUUACCAUUUCAAUUCGAACGACUGCAUUGGCAACAGUUCGAUUUCGCGGUGUAUUUUAUUGAAAGAUUCGCCGGAGAUUAGGCAUCAACGCAUUUUACAGCGAGCUGUUCGAGAUGUUAGAGCAGCGAAUGAACGAAAUGAUUUUGGUGGUCGAAAUACUGAGAAUUCGUCGGCAACAGCUUUUCAAACCAUCAAAUGUAUGAUGACGCUGAAAAGAAAACUUCGCCGUAUAAGGGAGAACAAAGAAAUCGAAAGACUAGCUAAAUGCACAUAGACGAAUCUCAAACAAACUGCGAUAUAAUGACUUUUGAUAUAUAGACCGAAAGUCUGUCUAUUUAAAUAACAUUGAUCUUAUUUCAAAAGAGGCUUUUCUGUGAAUUUUACAAUAAAAAAAUGUGAAAAUGUAGACACAUCGUGCAUUAAAAACCAUAAUAAAGACACUUGUUAAUGCGUUGUACAACUUUA